AUGAGUGACGAAAAAGGCCUGGGGCUGUCCCAGAAGUUGGUUUCUCCUUCUAGGAGCACCAGCAGCUGCUCCUCCAAGCAGGGGAGCCGACAGGAUAGCUGGGAAGUGGUGGAAGGACUCCGGGGAGAGAUGACUUGCACCCAGGAGCCUCAAAUCCAGAAGGGCUUCCUGCUGAAGAAGAGGAAGUGGCCUCUCAAGGGCUGGCACAAGAGAUUCUUCUUCUUGGAGAAAGGGAUCUUGAAGUAUGCCAAGAACUUGGCUGACGUAGAGAGGGAGAAGCUCCAUGGAUCCAUCGAUGUCGGGCUCUCUGUGAUGUCCGUCAAGAAGUCUUCGAAAUGCAUAGACCUCGAUACAGAGGAACACAUCUACCAUCUCAAGGUGAAGUCCGAGGAAGUCUUUGAUGAGUGGGUGGCCAAGCUCCGUCACCACCGAGUAUAUCGUCAAAAUGAGAUCGCCAUGUUCCCACGAGAUGUGAACCAUUUCUUCCCUGGGUCCACUGUCACAGACUCUGCCUCUGGAGUAUUUGACUCUGUUUCAAGUAGGAAGCGCAGCAGUAUAUCAAAGCAGAGUUCACUGCAGACGGGAAGCAGUCUGUCGUUCGGUUGUGGAGAAGCCCGAGUCCCCAUAUGGCCCCAUUCUUCCGAAGACAUGGAAAAAUGCUCCAAAGACCUGGCCCACUGUCACACCUACUUGAUAGAAAUGAGCCAACUUCUCCAGAGCAUGGAGGUUCUUCACAGGACUUACUCUGCACCGGCGAUAAAUGCUCUUCAGGGUGGCGCUUUUGAAAGUCCCAAAAAGGAAAAAAGACCCCACAGACGGUGGAGGGCAAGAGCUAUUAGCAAAGAGGCCAAAGGAAUGCUGCAGGUCCCCAAGCCUUAUUCUGGCCCAGUCAGGCUUCACGCGUCCAAUCCGAAUUUGUCAACGCUCGAUUUUGGGGAAGACAAAAAUUAUUCCGAUGGCUCCGAAACCUCCUCAGAAUUUUCCAAAAUGCAAGAAGACUUGUGUCACAUUGCACACAAAGUUUACUUCACCUUAAAGUCGGCUUUCAAUACCCUGUCAAACGAGAGGGAGAAACUGAAGCAGAUCACGGACCACGAUUAUUCCUCCUCCCCGUCUGCGCAGAUUGUGGGUCUCAAGCAUGCCUUAUCAUCCGAGAUCUCUGGAGAAGAAGGCAGAGCCCUCGUCCAUCAGCUCUCCAAUGAAAGUCGGCUCUCCAUCACAGACUCCCUUUCUGAGUUUUUUGAUGCCCAAGAAGUCUUACUCUCGCCAAGCUCCUCAGAAAAUGAGGCCUCCGAUGAUGACUCAUACGUCAGCGAUGUAAGCGAUAACGCCUCAGUGGAUAACCUCAGCAAUGAUUUGGAUAGUGAGAGACAGACUUUGGGUCCCAUUCUUGAAAGUGACCCAAGAGGCCAGACCCAACGCCGGACCUGCUUGCCGGCACCCUGCCCCAAUACCAGCAACAUCAGCCUCUGGAAUAUUUUGAGAAACAACAUUGGGAAGGACCUGUCCAAGGUGGCCAUGCCUGUGGAGCUGAAUGAGCCUCUGAGUGCCCUGCAGCGCCUCUGCGAGGAGCUGGAAUACAGUGAGCUUUUGGACCAGGCAUCCAGGACCCCGGACCCACUGGAAAGGAUGGUGUACGUGGCGGCCUUUGCCGUUUCUGCCUAUGCAUCCAGCUAUUUCCGAGCAGGGAGCAAACCCUUCAAUCCAGUGCUCGGAGAGACCUAUGAAUGUAUCCACGAGGAGAAGGGCUUCCAGUAUUUUUCAGAGCAGGUCAGCCACCACCCCCCCAUCUCGGCCUGCCACGCAGAGUCCGCCAACUUCGUGUUCUGGCAAGAUGUGAGAUGGAAAAACAAAUUCUGGGGCAAAUCCAUGGAAAUUGUUCCAGUUGGCACGACCCAUGUCACUCUUCCUGCUUUUGGUGACCAUUUCGAGUGGAACAAAGUGACCUCCUGCAUUCACAACAUCCUCAGUGGCCAGAGAUGGAUUGAGCACUACGGUGAAAUCAUCAUUAAGAAUCUAAAUGAAGAUUCCUGCCACUGCAAAGUGAACUUUAUUAAGGCCAAGUACUGGAGCACCAACUCCCACGAGAUCGAGGGUACAGUCUUUGACAAGGCUGGCAAAGCCGUGCGGCGUCUCUUUGGGAAGUGGCACGAGAGCAUCUAUAGUGGCACCCGGUCCUCAUCCACCUGUAUCUGGAGAGCACACCCCAUGCCGAAGGGGCACGAGCAGUAUUAUGGCUUUACCCAGUUCGCCCUGGAGCUGAACGAGCUGGACUCCCUGACCAGACCACACCUCCCCCCCACGGACACGCGGUUCCGGCCAGACCAAAGGUUGUUAGAAGAAGGGAACUUGGAAGAAGCAGAAACCCAGAAGCAAAGGGUUGAGCAACUGCAGAGGGAACGACGGCGGGUCAUGGAAGAGAAUAACCUGGAGCAUCAACCUCGGUUUUUCAGGAAAUCCAGCGACGACUCGUGGGUGAGCAACGGAACUUACCUGGACCUGCGAAGAGACCCCGGCUUCUCCAAGCUGGACAACCCCACCCUGUGGUGAAGGGACUUCUUCAGCCUCUCACUCUCUGCUGGCCCCUUUCUGGGACAAUCGAUGCCCAUUUAUCUCUCUAUAAAUAGCUGUACACGUAUUUAAGGGACGCCACCUAGAGCGAUGCGUCCGUGCUUGACCUAGACUCGUAAGUAUCCAAGAAUCCAUUUUCCUCAGUGGAUUUCUCUACGAUUCCAAUUGUUACCAGGAUGGUUUGUAUGAAGGUAGAAGACCUUAAUUUCUUUUUAUAUAUCGACUAUUUAAUAAAAUGAAAUCCUGAAUGUUAGAGGCUUGGGGAGAGGGAAGGGGAGAAGCUUUAACACUAACUUUCCAAAGGCUUCACAACAUUCAGAUGAAGCGGAUGCCUUAUUGAAUCCUGUCGAAAGGGGGAAAGACUCUCUCCCGGGCCUGUUGGGGAACGAGAAGAGGACCCACCCUGGGGGAGCCUCCCAAGCUGCAUUGGGUGGCUCAGCCAUCUUUUGGCCUCGGACUGCCGGGGAAUUGCCCCUCCUGGGUGAUUCUGUGCGGGCCAGGCGGAUGACUCUCUUCUCGUUGUUUUCUCUGGUGGGACGGUGGGGUGCCGAGAAGAAGAGAAUGUUCUUUUCAUUUAUUCUGGGUUUAGAACCUCCUGGAAGAGGUUGUCCAGUUGCCUUACACGCACAAUUUCCCCUGUUGUUCAAGCACUGGGAAUCCCCUCGCCCAAAGUCUUGGAUCAGUGGCCCAAAGCGGCCGUCGGAGAAGCCGUCACGGGGAAGAACAGAAGCUUUGGCCAGGACCGAAAGCGCCCCCCGCUUUCCUGUCCUCCCGAGACCCUCCCAGCCCACCAAUCGACCAACGUCUUAGUGUUUGGCGAUUUGAAAUCCGUUUGUAUCCACCACCUCGAUGGUUUCUAUCAACUCGAAACAGGGGAACUUUUUAAGAAAAACAAAAAACUUUGGCAAAUGUACCUGAUUGUUUUCCAUAACAGAUACGUUUUCUGAAAUACUCUUUCGGUAUUUUCUACCUCUUUCUUCUAAGUACCCUCUUCUCGAUCUUGUACAACGUGUUUGGUGACCAUCUGCCUUAUUGCGCCCCAAACGAUGGGCCCUCCAAUCCUCCUUUGAGCCCCCCGUUCUGUUCUGGUGACUCUAAGCGUCCGUCGCCCUCCCCGUUCUCUGCCUCCGUCCCUGUCACUACUUCCCACGUUCGGCAGCUGCCUCCGAGGAAGCACAGACCCGGGCCCCAGGGAGAGGCGGGCGGCCUUUUAGAGCGGCCGCCGAACGCUACUGUGCGCAAUAACGGAAAUGCGUGACCGAGCAACUGCCCACGUGCUCUUGGCAUCGGGCCUCGUCCAUUCAUAAGCUCUGCCCGAUCCACAGGCCAGGGCGGCGGGCGCUCAUCGGUGGGAAGGUUUCUGCAAAAAAUAAAAUAAAAUAAAACGUUUGACCGCUGUCAGAGCGGGUGGGCAUUUGACUUGCCAUGAAUAAUGGGUGAGAAAAAAUGCCAAAGUCUCCACGUGGGCCAUCAGCCACUUUGGAACGGGGAAACGUUUGGGAUGGGGCGGGCAGGGCUCUUUCCUUGGCCAAUGUCUGUCCGCAGAGCUUUCAGACAAUAAAAUCCUCAGUCGA